UCCAAGCUUAGAAGUAGACAGUGUUCAAUUUGGGAUAUAACGUCAGAAAGAAGAAGAAAUUCCUUUGGUCUAUAAAAUCAACAGGUACUCUCUCUCGCCGAAUAUUCUGUAGCACGAAACCAAACUUAUGUAACCGUUUAUAUAGACCCAGUUCAAAAUCAUUUACAUUCGUAUCCGGGAUGCUCCGUUGGAAACUGAUAAAAGAUGUAAACACAAACUUAUCACAAUUCCGUAUCGAGGAAAGUAAGUGGAAGAUGCUCUUACUUUAAUUGGGAUGCGUAAAGAUGUUCAGAUAAAAAUCGAGUAAAAUUUCCUUGGAAGUUGAAGGCUUGCGAAGUUUGACACUGAUUUACAAUACAAUGAUUUCCUACGAAUGCUAAGAAUUGGCAUUCUGACAUAUUAUUCAACUGCUCGUUCGUAAUAGUCUUCGAAGACCAAUUUCACAGUGCAUAACAAUUUCUAUCAGUGUAGUAGUCGAAUGAUGAUUUGUGCGGUGCAAGAGUGCUAAUACUAAAAAAGGCACUUACUUAUUGAUAAUAUUGUCUUAUCAUUUAGUAUGACUUACUGAAGCCUAUAAUUUUGCUGAUUUAAGAGUUCAAACAAUACAGUAUUAGGCGUAUUAGACAACAUUGUAGGAAAACUCAAGUACAUACGUACAAACAGAUAUGAUAAAACGAGCUUCGUUGUUCUUUCGACGAAACCUAGCUCAAGUCGUAGACGGAAUGUUGUUCUUUAGCUUCUAAUUGUCGAAUGGCAAAAACCUUCAUGAAAAAGGACAUGUGGGACGCGGUGGAAAGGAACCGCCGGGAAGAGAAUGAUCGUAACGGCAAGAUAUCCAGGCACUGCAAAACCGUAAUCUUGCCCGACCGACUUCAGGAAGCAGUCGAUCAGCGGGUGAAGUUCUUGGCCAAACAUGGACCUCAGAAGAAUAAGCUGCAGCCGUUGCACACACAGACCUGCUACGUGAUUCACGAAAAUAUAGAGAUUUCGAACCCUGGAGAGACUUCGGUCUACAGCAUCCUUACUGAUGCUCCAGUGUACAAACUAGAACUGGAAGAUGGAUUCGACGAGAAAAUCGGUGGCAAACGAAAGAGUUCAAACGUCCACUACGGAUAUGUGAAGCUGAAGAGCGUGGAGUACAUUAAGCCUAACAACCCAUCGCCCUUAGAUGUCAUUGAUAGGGCCAACGCCGCUAUCUACGGGGAGUCCAGUGGCUUGAACAGAAAUACACUCAAGCAGGGGAAUGCGAAGUCCAGCAGUAUCAGCGAUAGUGACACCAUGGAUGAGGAAGAUGAUGAUGAAGAUGAGGUGAAUGAUGCGCCGAUCGUCAACUUUGGUAAACUCAAGUUCAGAGACAGUAUUGCCAUCAAAAUGCCCAAAUUGACAAACGGAGGAGGAAUCUAUGGAACGAACUCCUUGCUGAAUCCUUCAACAUCUACGAGCUCUACGUCUCCUCCGAGCAGUGAAUACGACUACGCGUACAUAACAGCGAUCAACACUCAUCAACCGCUUAGCGUCAUGAAGAGUGUGAACGAUGACCAACCAAUCAGUACAACGGUACUGCCGGAUUAUUGCGUAACAACGAUUAACUGUUCCUCUGAACUGAAUCAAGGCUACUACUCGGACGAUGAAUCGGACGCCGAUAAACUUCUGUAUCUAGCUAAAAAUGGUCUUCCGAUGAAGUCGAAUCCAACGGAAUACGUUACAGAAAGAAAGCAGUACCUUAAUUCCAAAGGAUUCCUAGCAUAUUUCAUAAACCUGUUUCAAGAUACCCUGGCCUACGACUUGGGCAUCAAGAAAGAGAACCUGGACAACGCGACCUGGAAAGGUGCCAUCAUAUACUGUGACCAAUGGGAGAUUGUACCAGCAGUUGUUUGCCCUUGGCCCCGCGAAGCUUCAGAAUGGAUUCAAAGAAAACGCGAAGUGAAGGUCAAUCCUCUGACCAAGCAGAAGUUCCAAUGGCCAACAGCACCGAUGAUCCAGAAGGUCAAGUCAUUUGGAUGCCACGUGAUACCUACCGGGUACGCCCCGAAGGUUGGAACUAAUCGUCACAGGCAGCUGGAGUGGAAAAUCGUUUUUCCAGAAGCGGAGCGCUAUCUCGAGAGUUGCCUUACGAACACCCAAGUCAAGAUCUACAUGCUCACAAAACUGUUACUAAAAACGUUCGUAGAUCCUGCUCUAGUCACCAACAUGAACAUGUUCGGCAAUGAACAUCUUCGGGCACAUCUUUUUUGGCAAUGCGAAAGUAACUACGCUGCCUGGCCCGAAGACUACAUCGGAGAAGCCUUACUACGCUUCUUGAACGGUUUGUUGGAUCGCAUUAAAACCCACAAACUCCCUGACUACUUCCUGCCCAGUAGGAACCUUUUCGAGAACAUUCCAGAGCGGGUGCUGGUGGAGUUGCACAAACGAAUCUUUCGAAUCACAGAAAACCCCGUCAUGCAUUUGAUGAUAGCCCUGAGAAACAUGAAACUGCCCGGAGGUCAGACAACGUUCUACCCGAAGCUGAAGAUCAAGCGAAUCUACUCGGUGAUGAUAAUCGACAACCCCCUGAAGAUAGUCAACCCGCGCUUCCGAGAUGAGAAUGAAAACCUGGCGGCUGAGGAUUCCGCAGCGGAGGACCAGGAGAAGGAGGUGGCCGUCGGAAUGAUUGCGUACUUCAACGAACAGGAAGUCGAGUCUCGGAAGCAGAGAACGAGAAUCGUUAGAUUCAUGGAAGCCGAGAAGAAAAAGAUCGAACAACAGGAAGAAAGAAGGGUGUCUACGGACUCUAUUGAUUUGAUGUUCUGUUUCAAUUUUCAGUUCAAUCCCCUGAAACACAUGGAAAACCUCCGCCGUCAGCUGAUAUACAACAUUUUCGUGCAGCACUUCAUCGAGAUGGCGCAAGUUUCGUACGUUUUCCGAUCGCUCAACCAGGGUUUGAUCUACCUGAAGCAAGCCGAGCGUAUCUGCAGUUUGCUAACCGACGAUCACGGCAUCGAAGAGUCUCGUCAGUUCCUAACGAAGAUUUUCAGUGUGCGCAACGAGCUCCUGAAGGCGAUCAACAAUGCAUCCUAUCGCCCGGCAUUACCAAAACGGGCCAGCUCGGCCGUACAAAGUCCUCAGCAGCGACGCAUACGGAUGAAGUCCCCUAAGCAAAACGGCCGCAAAGGCCGACCGUCGUACAGCAACGUAAGUCCUGAUUCACACUCGCAGGAGAAUACACCACGGCAGACACCGGAACGCAUCCGGAAACGGUCGGCACGUCAAGUGGCAACUACCGCGCAGGUCCACAGUCCGGUGCGGACAUCACCGCCGACCUCGACGUCCGAUGAGCAGGAGGACAUUUCCAGGCUUUUGGGGAACAUAACCAUUGGCGCAUAGGCUUAGCGAAGUUGUACUUUUUGUUCUUUUGAAUUAUUUAAUAGCUUGAUUGAGUGAUUACAUCUUGAGACCAAUUUCUGUGAUACCGAGAAUGCUUAGCGCAUUAAUGGAAUGCUUUUGUAUAAGGUGGAAUGUAGUUGUGCAGCACUAAAUAAAGUUAGAUUGAAAAAUAA